AUGGUUCGGAAACACGAAGUAGAAUCAGUAAUUCUGAAGAAAAUGGGAAGUUCAGCGGCCCUGCCACCCACCGCGCCGCCGGCCCUGACCACAGCGCCGCCGGGAUUCUAUCGCCGACCACCACUCCAGCUUUCUCGAUUCGCCGACACCGCGCCGGUCCUCGCCGCCGUUGGGUUCCCGCAAGGCUUCUUCUCACCGCCGCCGUCUUCCCAGCCCCCACCGGCUGCCAAAUCUCCUACAACGCCAGCCCGGCUGCGUGCUCCUGCAGGUCGUGUCCGCCGCCGGCCGGGCCGCGAGCUCCUGCAGGUCUCGUCCGCCGCCAUCCGGGCCGCGAGCUCCUGCAGGUCCCGUCCGCCGCCGUCCGGUCCGCGAGAUCCUGCAGAUCCUGGCCGCCGCCGGCAUGGCCGUGCCAUCCCUGAGGCCCCGUCCAACGCCAACACGGCUGCCCCUACCCCUACAGCCGCCGGCCGCGACCUCCCUCUGCUCCCCACCGCCAUGGGUGUGCAAGCUCUCCAGCCAAGCUGA